UUGGUGUGAGUGUGAGUGCGGAUGGUUGUUCAAAGUACCUUUUCUGCAAUGUCAUUUGCAUCCCCAGUCAUGUACUCAGAACUCACUCAGCACACCUGCUUUCUGUGGUUUUCGCUUUUUUUUUUUUCCACUCACAUAACCUUCUUGGCUUCCUCUCUUUUAUCGACAGAACUAUUAGCCCAAUUGUCCGUGGUACUUACAUCUGCUGUGUUAUCAGCCAUGUCAUAUGAUUUCAGCCUGAGCUCUCUUCUGGAAAGAGGUCAAGUGGUUACCUUCGAUGGGAACUCGACGCUCUUGGACGGCGUGCUGUACGGAUAUGACUACGAGAGUGACGAAUCGUACGACAGCAACGAGACGUUCAACGGCGUGUGCGACCCCAAUGAGGGCCAGCACUUCGAGGCAGUCUUCAGCCCGGUCCUGUACUCGGUGGCCUUCCUCGUGGGCAUUCUGGGUAACGGGUUGCUAUUAGGAAUUCUGACCCGGAGCAGAAAGACGUGGAGCGUGACCGAUACCUUCAUUCUGCACCUGGCCGUGGCCGACGUCCUGCAGCUGCUCACGUUGCCUCUGUGGGCCGCACAGGACGGCCAGCGUUUGGGAUGGACCUUUGGCACGCCUCUCUGCAAGAUCGCUGGUGCUGUUUUCACAAUCAACUGCUACUGUGGGAUCUUCCUUCUGGCUUGCAUCAGCCUGGACCGCUACUUGUCCAUCGUGCACGCCACCCAGGUGUACUCCCGCCGGAAACCAUGGGUCAUCCAGUCCAGCUGCCUGGCCGUCUGGCUCCUCUCACUUCUCCUCGCCAUGCCCAAUUUGAUCUUUCUGGAAGCGGUGAAGAACACGAGGCGACACAAAACUCAAUGCGUGGCCAACUUCGCCUCAUGGGAGCUCGCCUCCCGCCUCCUCUGCCACAUCGUCGGCUUCCUGCUGCCCUCGCUCGUCCUCGUCUUCUGCUACUCGUGCAUCCUGCGCCGGCUGCGUUGCGGCACGGGGGCCGUCCAGAAGCAGAAAGCGUUUCGAGUCAUCACUGCGGUGGUGGCAGUGUUCUUCCUCUGCUGGACGCCGUACAACGUUACUCUCAUGGUGGAGACGGCUUUUUUGGGCAACAAUCGCACCAGUUGUGAAUUCAGAGCGUCGCUGCAGAAGGCCAUGAGUAUCACCCCGAUUGUAGGCAACCUCCAUUGCAGUCUCAACCCCAUCCUGUAUGCCUUCGUGGGCGUCAAGUUCCGUCGUCAGCUCCUGGACAUCCUGCGGCUGCUCACCUGUACAUCCAAGACGGGAACCAAAUUCCAGUCGGUGGGCAGCAGGAGAACCUCCAUUUGGUCCGAGUCUACGGAAACCUCCAACUCCCUCGCAAUCUGAAACGCGUGUCAACAGAGGCGUGCACACAUCAGAACCAAACCCCUGACGAAAUACCAUAACCCUCAAGUGGCUUCUGGAGGCUUGAGGCCUUCGUAAAUUGGAGCAAAUCUUUAGUGUAUGUAACAUUUUUCUUCUAGCAUCGCUUUGCUUUCCAACAAUCCUGACUCACAUGUCAACGGCAUAUAUACCGCCAAUAUUUGAUUACAUUGUGCCAUUAAAUGUACGCAAACAAAAUGUAUAUGUACACGUCGUCUGACACCAAUGAUUAUAUUUCAUUAUUUCAAUACUCCAGUAUUUGCAGGGGACAGGGAGCGAGUGUGGCGACAAAUAGCGAAAAUCCACAAGUAAGGUAAUAUCGUUGCCACCCCAGAAAAGGUUUUUAAGCGCCUAUAGAUACCACUUGCCACAAGAUGGCGUAAAAGUAUUACUUUGCUAUUAGAGGUGCUUCGGCCAAGAAACUCUGCCCCUCUUGGCUUAAAAGUAUUGAAACAUGAUUUUUCCAUUUCACGUUUGUAAAAGAGUGAAACUAGUAUGUGUGCUUAGAAGUCAUAUUAUAACAGGUAUUAUUUUAAAUGGAACCGACAUCCCC